CGCCCCUUUCCCCGGGUCCUUUGAUCACGCGCCUCCAGCCUCUUCCGGGGCCCGGGAGCCAAGCGAGGGCGUUCCUGUCCGGGCUGCAGCGGCGGGAGCGGACACAGGGAAGACGAUGUCCAGGCUGUUUGUCUGGAGCGACACCAGGGACGAGGAGGACGCGUACAGCCUAUACCGUAGCCUGAGGAGUGGGGACUGGAUCAGGACUGAGACAGGCUCCUUCCAGGAGCCCAGUGGCGGCGCCCUCCCGAGGCACUGCCCAUGCUGACUACACAGUCCUCCAGCUGCUGAUGCCAUGAGUAACACCACAGUGCCCAAUGCCCCCCAGGCCAACAGCGACUCGAUGGUGGGCUAUGUGUUGGGCCCUUUUUUCCUCAUCACCCUGAUUGGGGUGGUGGUGGCUGUGGUAAUGUAUGUCCAGAAGAAAAAGCGGGUGGACAGGCUUCGCCAUCACCUGCUCCCCAUGUACAGCUACGACCCCGCUGAGGAGCUGCAUGAGGCUGAGCAGGAGCUACUCUCUGACGUGGGAGACCCGAAGGUGGUGCACGGCUGGCAGAGUGGCUACCAGCACAAGCAGAUGCCCUUGCUGGACGUCAAGACCUGACACCCUCACCUUCAGAACCAUGGGUCCUGCCGCCUGCUUCCCCUCCCACCUGCCCACCCGGCCCCCGGCUGGGCACUGGGCCCCCACUCCUCCAGCCCAUCCCCCUCCGUCUGUAGGCCUUUGCGGGCUGAGCCUGCUCCCAGGCACUAGGGGUUUUUCCUCCUGCGGUGGGCCGCUGUGCCCUGUGGGCCCGACUUGGCUUGGGAGCUUCCCAUGGUGAUAGGGCCUGAUGUAUAGUCUUCAGUAUACAUAUUUUGUAAAUAAAAUGUUUUGUGGUUAGA